AUGCAGACUGCUUCUACAAACAUUAGUGAAAGAAUGGGUCGCUCUCGGGAGCUCAGUGAAUUCAAGCGUGGUACCGUGAUAGGUUGCCACCUGUGCAAUAAGUCCAUUCAUGAAAUUUCCUUGCUACUAAAUAUUCCAUGGUCAACUGUUAGUGGUAUUAUAACAAAGUAGAAGCAAACAGCAACUCAGCCAUGAAGUGAGAGGGGUCUCAGCACAUGCUAAAGCGCACAGUGUGCAGAAGUCGCCAACUGUCUGCAGAGUCAAUAGCUAAAGACCUCCAAACUUUGUGUGGCCUUCAGAUUAGCACAACAACAGUGUGUAGAAAGUUUCAUGGAAUGGGUUUCCAUGGC